GUCUCAACAAACCGCCCCCUCCUCUCUGAGAUGUAGCUGUCUGUGGAUGACAGCAGCGCCGGAGGACAGAAUCAACUGUUACCACCGCUCUUGAAUAAAGUGGAAUAGAUAGAGAACAGACUGAAGACUGCUCACUGCUCCUAACAGAGCUUUAGUGGAAGUGCUUCGACGUCGUUUUGAUAAUUUUAAGCCACAACGCUUAACAAAGAGACCGAGAGAACGACGUCCAAAGCUAACUCCACUCAACUCAGCACCGGCUUCUUCUCUUCUCUGACUGAACCGACACCACCUGGAUGCAAUGACCGACUCGGUUGUGGACAGCAAGGCGGAGGUUAAACAAGCCACGAAAUAUGUUAAAGAGACCGAAAAUGUGGCGGAAAAAUACUCGGCGAUGACCGUGAGCAAAAACAGCAGUGAUGUGAAUAUGAAUGUCGGGGAAAUGCCUUCCGCAGCGUUUACCGCAGUCCCCACUCUGAAGACCGUGAAAAAGAUCCAGUUUGCUAACACCGAGGACAAACAGGAGUUCAGCAAGUUCCCCACCAAAGCAGGCCGGCGCUCCCUCUCUCGCUCCAUCUCGCAGUCGUCCACAGACAGCUACAGCUCAGCUGCAUCGUACACCGACAGCUCCGACGAUGAAACCUCCCCCCGGGACAAAGCGCAGGUCAACACGCACGGCAGCACCGACUUCUGUGUGAAGAACAUCAAGCAGGCUGAGUUUGGUCGCAGAGAAAUUGAAAUAGCAGAACAAGACAUGUCUGCCCUGAUCUCCCUGAGGAAGAGAGCGCAAGGGGAGAAGCCGCUGGCCGGGGCGAAGAUAGUGGGCUGUACUCACAUCACAGCUCAAACAGCAGUCCUGAUUGAGACUCUGGUUGCCCUCGGAGCUCAGUGUCGCUGGACUGCCUGUAACAUCUACUCCACUCAGAAUGAGGUGGCAGCUGCUCUUGCUGAAACAGGGGUGCCUGUGUUUGCCUGGAAAGGAGAGUCAGAGGAUGACUUCUGGUGGUGCAUCGAUCGCUGUGUCAACACGGAGGGCUGGCAGGCCAAUAUGAUCCUUGAUGAUGGUGGAGACUUAACCCACUGGGUGUACAAGAAGUAUCCCAGCGUCUUUAAGAAGGUGCGAGGGAUCGUGGAGGAGAGUGUCACUGGGGUGCACAGAUUGUACCAGUUGUCUAAAGCUGGCAAGCUGUGCGUCCCUGCCAUGAAUGUGAACGACUCGGUCACGAAGCAGAAAUUCGACAACCUUUACUGCUGCCGUGAAUCCAUCCUGGACGGCUUGAAGAGGACCACAGAUAUAAUGUUUGGAGGGAAACAAGUCGUUGUGUGUGGUUAUGGAGAGGUGGGGAAAGGCUGCUGCACUGCUCUAAAGGCCCUUGGAGCCAUUGUGUGCAUCACAGAGAUUGACCCCAUCUGUGCCCUGCAGGCAUGCAUGGAUGGCUUCCGGGUGGUCAAGCUGAGCGAGGUGAUCCGGCAGAUGGACGUGGUGAUAACUUGCACUGGUAACAAGAACGUUGUGACCAGAGAGCAGCUUGACCGAAUGAAAAACGGCUGCAUUGUUUGCAACAUGGGACAUUCCAACACUGAGAUCGAUGUGGCAAGUCUUCGCAGCCCCGAGCUGACCUGGGAGAGGGUCCGCUCUCAGGUUGACCACAUUAUCUGGCCGGAUGGAAAGAGGGUUGUUAUGCUUGCAGAGGGUCGCCUGUUAAAUCUGAGCUGCUCCACAGUGCCUACGUUUGUGUUGUCCAUCACGGCUACAACUCAGGCUCUGGCCCUGAUCGAACUGUUCAAUGCUCCAGAGGGGCGAUACAAACAGGACGUGUAUCUCCUGCCCAAGAAGAUGGAUGAGUAUGUUGCCAGUCUGCACCUACCAAACUUUGAUGCUCAUCUGACAGAGCUCUCUGAUGAGCAGGCCAAGUACAUGGGCCUCAACAAGAACGGUCCCUUUAAACCAAACUAUUACAGGUAUUAAUGAGGGUGUCGGAUCUUCAACACACAGUUGCCCUGGAGAAACAGAGAUAACUAUUUUAUUUUCUGAAUUGCUACAAAAUGAAGGAAUUAUUUUACUUAAGCUGAAUGUAACUUAUAAAUAGCACUUGAGACAUGCUGUUCCAUAUGAAGCAUCAGACUUGUAGGAAACAUAAGAUGUACCUAACAUUUUACAUGUCUUGUCAUGUGUUUAAACAAAAGCUUGCUUGCAUGCUUUCAUGAGUACUUAUUUAGUUGCUUAUGUUACUAGAUCACAAAGUUACUGAUUUGUUUGUUUACCCUAUUUACAAGGUGCCAAAGGAUACUGUAAGAAAGGAGAGAUACCAUUUAAGUGUCGUCUGUCAGUAAUGUUAUGGUUUUAGACAUUCCAGUGAUGAGGGGUUAGUGUGAGCCAGAAGAAACUUUGAAUUUUAAUCUCUGUUAUGUAAGAAAUUUUGAAAUACUUAAGAAUGGUAUCUGCAUACAGUUCAUGCCCUAAAAGGGAACAUCCAGUCACUUUUAAUUACGUCAGAUCACAGUGAUGAAAUGCACCAUUUGCUGUAUAAACAGAAUGACCUGGGAUAUUUACGUAAGUUUGAUUAAUUAAAGCCUGUGUGUGUGUUUUAAAUAACUGACUCUUGGUGUUAGCAAACCAAAGAGAUAUUUUAAGUGCUAAUGCCAGAUUAAAAUGUUCUGUUGGUGUUAAACUGGAUCCAAAAGGUUUUGAAGAAGCCAAAAACUCUUUAAACCACUAAAACUCCUCAGUUUCAACACUAAGUUUCUGUUUGCUUUUUUAAAUUCCUGCUGAGACGUGACUGAGAGGAAAGUGUUGUUCUGACUGGAUAUUUCUUUUCAGGGCCAUGACAUGAAUGUGCCUUUGAAUAAUUUACAACACAUAAAUAUCAGCACUGACCUUAAUUAUAUGUACAUUCCCUAUUUUUUGUAUUAGUGUUACAUUAAUUGUCUUCCACUGCUUCUGGUAAUAAUUGUGACUCUGUAAUCACUAUAUGUUAAAAAUAAUGACUAGGCUUUCUGUUUGCCAUAUUUUGUUGCUGUCUUAAUUUGAUCCAACAGGAUCACCUCCAGUAAUAUUUUCUGUGAUGAAAAUGCAUACGUGUGUGUGAUAUAUGUAAGAGAAUGCAUUAAAUCAGCAAUAAAGCAUUUAACAGA